AUGGAGGUUCACCCCUUCUCCGAGCUUGAAGCAAAAUUUGAAAAGAGCCUUCAGUAUACAAGUUUGCUGCUGGCUGACGAAAAUGCACGGCUGCCUAGACUGCAAUUACUGCUCUCUGAACAUGAUAAAGAUGCCAUUAGCAAACAGCUAAGCCAGACGAAACAGCAAUUAAGUAAUGUAGAGACCGAGCACUCGCGGGUACAGGAGCAUUCAACCCGUUUGCAGCAAGAUAUGGAGGAGCUACAAAUGUCCGUCCAGGCCAAAGUUAAGAUGAUAGAUAAUCUGCAGGCAGAAUUAUCAUCCAUGCAGGCUCUUGCAGCUGAAAUGAACAAGUUACGGGCCGAAAAUGCAACUCUGGCACGAGAAGUCUCGAGUAUGAAGCCAGAGAUUACCCGGCUUCGUUCCCAGAACAGCUCUUAUCAGUCGAUGCUAUCAGAAAAGCUCUCCUUAGAGCGCCAGGUUAGCUCACUUGAGGUUGAACUUCGCGAUGCGAGGCGGAACUCAGGGAAGGGACGAGUUUCCUAUGUAUCAGAUAGAACGCUCAUGAGCCCUGGACACGAUGUAGCUGCCCCCCACACUAGCAAGGCUUUGAACGGUACAUCCAGACCAGAUACCCAAGGCGCAACUGUGUCCAUAAAACAGGUUAAAACAAAGGGCCAAGAUUCUGACAUGUCCCCUGCUCGCCGCAAUGGAACCUCUGCGGAUACAUCAGAAAACAUUUCACGCCGCCUAUACUUCGGAGCGGACACAUCUAUCGGGACACCUGGGCCAAACCACGUGUCAAAACUACCAACGAAAAUAUCUGCAGCUCCUGGUGACAAAUCAAUAUUUUCCAUUACCCCAUUCCUGAACCGUCAGAGCAAUGACUUUGGAGUAAAUUUCACAUCCAGUGAAAGCGAAGGCGAUGGUCUUUCAUUUGCGGAACCUCAGCCAUCGAAGGUUAAAGCAAAGGGUCCGUCAUUUUACGAAAAGGAGCCUUCCACCACGAAUACCCGCAAAUCAAUUCUUCCUCAGCUGCAAAGGCCCCUGCAAUCAGACACUAUUCCGAAAUCCGCAAAUGCUCCAGCGCCGCGGAUAGUCAAGCGUGGGCCAAAGCCGAAAGCUACAAACGACUUGUCCGAAGACGAUGGACUUCCUGAUCCUAUCAAAAAGCGGCGAAUACUUCGGACUAUUGGUGACAAACCACCUCUUGAUGAGAACUUCGGAGCCGUCCGUACUUUACCUAAACAGCAUUCUUUUGUGCAAGACCAGAGUGGGAUUUUUGCUGAUUCGGAUGGGAAACACUCUGAGAACGAUCGUCGUAAUCGGCGGCUUGGUCUGAAUAAACCCUUGGAGAUUCCGCCGUUUUCCCCUUUGAAACGUAACAUACGGCCUAGCUAG